AUGUUUUUUCCAUGUUGCAGAAGUGCUGUGCAAAAAUUCCUUAAAAACAAUUAUUCUUCAGGUGGCCGGAGUACAGUCAGUGAAAAUGUUGAAGAGAGUGGAGCUUCUGAAAGGCCGUCAUCACCGUCGAAGUCCACCAAGGCAGCAUCAGACGCCGUUAAUUCUUCUCGAAGACUGCGCUCUGAGAAAAAAAUAGCCAAAAAUGAACCAACUUCGACUGUAGUCAGCACGGGGAAAGUUGAAAAGAAACAAUCAGAAGAGUGUGUGAAGGACAAGCAGCAAGAGUCCGAAACACCAACGGUUCGUGAGACCCGGCGAACCCGUCGCAGUACAGAAUCUGCAGUCAACAAUCCACCAGGUGAUUUUUUGAUCGCAGUCCACUCUAAAAUCGUGCUCGAUACCAUCAUUAUUGAAAUAUAA